AUGGAUGAUGCUUUGUUGAAGCCUUCCAAGGUGCGAUGUUCUGUGAAAGUUGGUUCACCUUGGGUAUGGGACGAAGAAUGGCAGGACUACGCCGAAACCAGUCCGGAUGUCACCGCGGUGGGAACCCUCGUGGAGGUCAAAGAUCCCAAAGCCUUGCGGGCCAGGGAAUUCCGGGCAGACAUGGUCCAUGGACCAGACUCAACGAACGAGGACGUGAUCAUGUGCGAUUUAGCACCAACAUUGGAGGCUGUUUUGAGUGGUACAGAUGCCGUUCUGCUUGUGGCUGGAGUUUCCGGUGGAGCACAGGCCGACCUAAUGGAUGGUGCUGAAGGGCUCGCCGCAGCGGCUGUGUGGCAGCUGGCAUCGGAGUUGCACGAGCGCCAGGCGAGUCAUCGCGCAAAUGGGGCAGUUGGAUAUACGUACCAUAUGAGGUUGCAGUCUUUUCAACUUGCCGGCGACACAAUCCUGGACCUCCUCACCGACUCUCCGGAAGCUGCGCGUUUGAUGGACCUCCCGCAGGGCGUGAUGGUUGAAGGCGUGCGAACAGCCAGCGCAACAUCUGCGGAUGAGUUCAUGAAAUAUGUCGAAGCCGCGCAGCGACGUCGAGACCCGGAGAAGAGACACCAGACGAGUGCAGUUUUCGUCAUCGACGUGACCCAGGCAGACUACUACGAAGGAUGGGGACUGCACGGGCGCUUCGUUCUUCUGGAGUCAGCCGUCAUGGAUUGUUUAGCAGAGGAUAAAGGUCUCGUCCAGCUUCGCGAGGGAUACGAUCGCUAUCGCGGGGUGUACCACAUGCGCAGCUUAGUCAAGUCGUGGAGAAGCGGUGAGCCUGGAGACGUGAACGGUUCCUACCUGACCUGGCUUCUUCGUGAUCUUCUCACAGGCGGCAGUGUCGAGGCUCAUCUCCUCUUCUGUGUCGCUCAGGGAAAGCCUUCGAUAAGCAUAGCGCUGCUUGAAUUCAUGGAAGAUUUCAGCAAGAUACAUACUAAUCCAGUAACACAGGACCAUCGAGUUGCGGGAUGGGCAAGAGCAGUCCGUUCCGAGCGCUUGAUGUUGAAGCAGGCACUGGAGCGAGGAGGGGGUGGCGUGGAUCGUGACACUCGGAGCUUGGUUUUGGAGCUGGAAAAGCGCCUCGCCAAUGCUGAGAGGCAGAAGGAGGAAGCCCAAAGACUGGCGGAUGCUCGCCAAGACAGAGCAAACAACUUCCAGGACCGGUACGUUUCUGCCUUGGAGAGUCAGGAGUCAAUGAACGAGAGGUUGAUGUCUUCCGAAGAGGAGCAGCUGAAGGCGAUGCAAUCACUGGUCCUGGCCCGAGUCGCCGAGCAGAGAGGGACGCCAGCUAAGCUCCGCUUAAACCGCUUGGAGGUCGAGGCACAGAUCGAGGCCUCCGAGGCCAAAGAUGAGUUGAGUGAGGUGCAAUACACAGACAACGUUCUUCUAAUGAUGCUGGAGCAAGAGGUCGCAGAAAUGAAGGAAUCUUCUGACAAGACGAGCGCCGACCUCACGGGCAAGCAGGCCAAGAAACUCCAAGAUGCAGAGGCUCUGGCCGAGGAUCUCCGUAUGCGCUUGGAUGCGGCAUCAGAAGCCAAAAUCCAAGCUGAGAUUCAGAAAGAAGUGGAAAAAGGUGAUCUGGAGAAUCGUGUCCAAGCACUUCGACUGGAGCUUCGAGAAGGGCGCUUGGAGGAUUCCGUGCAAUACGCGGAGGAGCGUGGCAAGAUUCAAGAGACUGUUCGAGAGGAAGUGGAGCGCCUCAGGCAGGCUUUGGAAGACGAGCGCAGCCGGGCCCGACAGAUCCUUGACGAUGGGCAGUUGCAGUUGAUACAAUCUCGCCAUCAGUUCCAGGAAGAGAAAGGCAAAGCUGCAUUGCAAGCCAAGCAGGAGCUGCAAGAGCUGCAGUCCAGCAGGGAUUCACAGCUUGGCGAAGUGCAGACAGAGCUUGCGGAUGUUCAGAGGAAAGCAGUGUUGGAAGAAGAAGAAGUCAAGCGACUGCAGUCUGCUGGGAAGGAGCUACAGCAAAGCUUGCAAGCGGAGCAGGUUUCCGAACGUCAAGCACGGGAAGAGCUUCAUGUGGUGAAUGACGAGCUGCGAAGUGUGCGUUCCGACUUCGAGCAGCAGCUUGCGCAACUGGCAGCCAAGCCAUCUGGAGGUUACUUGAUUGCAGAUCCAAUCAGAAGCACCAUCAGCUGCUUGCUGGCUGACCUUCAGGAGCAAAAUCGAGCGCUGCAGGCUCGGGUCGCCCUCCUCGAGCAGCAAAGUCCUGCUGACAGGCGAGUGCAGGCUCAGCGUUUGGCUUUCCUUGAGAAAAGCGUCCGUGAUCUUGAGGCUGAAAGGUCAGCACUUUUGGUGCGGGCAACCGUAGCCGAGGAGCAGUUAAAGCAGCUCCAGAAGCAUUUGAAGGAGAUCACUGAGGAUUAUCAGAUGCAAAUCCUCAGCUUGAAGAUGAAGGGGCGAGGAUUGGUUCCGUCCAAUGUCACAGACUGUGUCCCAAACGACUUGCCCUGCUAUGAGAGAUCUUACGCACGGGACAUGACAUGUCAGAAGCCAUGCGGCCUGGACGAGCUAGAAACAGACUUCAGCUGCGACCCGGCUGGUGCCUUCUUCGAAGACACCUUGACAUCAGCGUCUCUCAGCGAGAUGGACCGGGUCAGCUUCAGAUUUGCAGGCUCAUCCAACUUGGCCGGCCUUCGAUGGUGUUUCGUUUAUGGCGCCAAUCCCAAGGCCUGCGACAGCAACGGCACAAGCCUACUACACGCUGCCGCCAGAGGGGGCAGCUAUCAAGUUGUUAAGGACUUGGUCCUUCGAUCGACUGAUGUUAAUGCCGUCGAUUGUGCUGGAUGGACACCGCUGCACGUGGCCAGCUGCAUGGGCCGCCAGGAUGUGUCUUUCUACCUGCUGCAAGCAGGGGCGAAGUCCAGCAAGACAUCCAGGGGUCAGACACCGGAAGACCUCUGUAGCCACCCUCACACCAAGGAGGUGGUCAUCGGUUUCGAGGAGCGCCGGCCCAAAGUGGUCGGACUGCCGACGCGGAGCAUGCCAGCCUUCGAUACCAGAGGCUCCGCCGACGAGAUGGGAGCGAGCUUGCACUUCGAGCCGCCAGAGCCUCUUGGAGAUAACGCUUGCUGCUGGCUUGUGGAAGCCCGGACCUGGGAUGGCAUCCCUUGUGGCCACCGUUUCCCCGUCGGCCGCGGGGAAUUCUGCCCUGUGUUCAGAGUUCGUGAGUUCGCGAGUACAGAGAGCUCUGCAAGAGAUCUUAGCGAUACCACGGUUCUGGUGACCUCGUGGUUCAACGCCCACGAGGACCAGAACGAGAAAGACCCGGAGCCGAAGGACACAGAGCAAGACAAUGAGCUCGCUGCAGCUGAGGUAGAUUUCUUCGGUUCUAUGGGCAAAGAGCGCUUGAAGGAGGACAAGCUGAAGCCAGAUCCUGAAAAAGCGAAGGUCAGUGAAAAGGAGUACAACCCGUUCCUCCGUGGGGAAGAAUCUAACCUUCCUGUUCCGGAGUCGGCAAGCGCCAGCUCCAUUCCAAAGCAUUUGUGUGUUGGGCCUGCUUGGGCCGCGAAAAACGACUGGAGAAAGCGCAUGCAGAAUCGCAAGGAUUCCAACAACGACAGAGACCAGAGGGCCGAGGCGCCAGACCACAGGGGUCGAGAGAAGGAGGACAAAGCUCGAACGGGUGUGACCGGAGGCCCAAGUGGCGGUGGCUGGCGGGCAAAGAAAGCUGCAGUCGUGAGGCGCUCGCGCAGCCGCAGCCAAAGCCGACGCCGCAGCCGGAGCCGGAGCCGGAGCUCGGGCCGUCGCAAUUCUCGACGGCAGCGCCACCGAUCUCGAUCGAGGUCGUCCGGCAGUUCGUCUUCGGCGAAGGAGGCUGAGCGUCGGAAGGAGCAGGUUGCGAAAGCGGUGCUUGGUCGAGUGAAGGCUGCCGAGGCCCAGGAAGAAGCCGAAGGCGAUGGCGAUGCAGACGAGGUCAUCCGCAAGUUGCAGUCCAAGUACAGCAAAGGUGCUGGCAAGCAAGAGGGUGUUGGGCUGGCAGCAUCCGCAGAGGACGUUGAAGAUGACAUCGAUCCCAACAAGCUGGGUGCUCUUGCCAUGGAAGCCAUGUUGAGUGGCGACAUGGCUCGCUACGAGGAGCUGAACCGACGCCUCGAAAAGCACCAGGCAACGGCCGGUGAGAAGCCCAAGGCUUUCACUUUGCCUCCUCCAGAGCCUGCCGAGAAUGUCAAGGUUCUCGAGCAGGUGGAUGCAGCUGGGAGGAGCAAAAAGCUGGUUGAGUCAGUCCAGUCUGCAUCGGUCCACACCAAGGGGAGAAACAAAAGAGGCACUGCCAAUGCGGUUCCAGGUGGCAAGGACAAGAAGGGCUCGCAAGGCUACUACGAGGAUGACGAUGUCUCCCUGCAAGAACUGAUCCGCCGCGAGCGCAUCGAAGGAGUCCAGGACUAUGAUGCCAAUCUAGAGAAGCACAUCUUGAAGAGGGGUGACCGCUUCAAGAUGUUGGAAGAUGACGAAGACGAGGCAUAUGCUCUUGGCUGGUAUGAGAAUGCCGACAAGAAGAUGGACUCCAGGAAGGGUGCCGAGAAGCGACUCAAGCAAGAGAAAAACGACAAGAACCGGAUCCAGGUCAAUUUGGAAAGAUGCACCCUUUGCAUGGAAAGUAAAAAGUUUUUCCGCAAAAAUGCGGUGAUGUCGGUGUCGCCUCAUGCGUAUGUUUGUGUCGAGGCGGAAGGUCGGUGCGUUGUUCCUGGCCAGGUGCUAAUCGUGCCGCAAGAGCACGUCAUGGCCAUGACGGAUGCGGACGAGGCUGCGUGGGCAGACAUUCGUAAUUACCAGAAGUGCCUCAUCUCCUUCUACGAGUCAGAGCAACCUCCUCGUGCUGUUCUCUUCGUGGAGUCUUCGGUGCACCGUGUUUCGAGGGACAAGGCUUUGCUGGGAGCAGGCCCCCAUGCCAGCAUUGUCGCAUAUCCGAUCGAGAUGGGUCUUCUGGUCCAAGCACGCACCUACUGGAAGAAGGCCCUGGAUGAAGCUGAGAGUGAAUUUGAGACCACCCACAAGAAGGUUAUUGAGACGGAUUCGAAGGGUGGUGUGCGAAGUGCUGUUCCGAAGGGCUUUCCGUACAUCCACGUGGAUUUUAGUCUUGGAGGUGGUUUCGCCCAUGUGGUUGACAAUGUGGAAGAGUUUCCGCGGGAUUUCGCGCAACAUGUCAUUGCAGGAAUGUGUGAGAUGACCAUCCUUGACCGUGCUUACACUUGCAAGGAGGAGUACAGAGAUGCUUGCAAGGACAUCAAGGAACGCUUUGCAGCGGACUUUGACUGGACCAAGGCCAUUCUAGCCCAGGGCACUGCAUUUAGACCACAUAGAGCUAUCCAGACCACAGACCAGCACUUAUGA